UGUUGAAUCUGUGCCAACCUCUCGUCACCGCCAAAAGCAAACGAACGCCGUCACACGAGGCUGCCACCAUAGCCACGAAGCAUGCAGCUGCUGGCAAUUUCAUUCUCUGAUUUUUCAAGAAUUUAUUUGCUUGCUUGUCGUCACAAGGAUCUUAACAGAGAGCGGAGAAGGCUGUGUCUGUGCGACGAAAAUCCAAACGAAGAAGAAUAGAUUUCAAAGCCAUGCAAAGCAAAGCACGAACCUUUUUUCAAUCCCAUGCCUACCAUCCGCUCCUGCUCAUUGUUAGCUUCACCCAAUAGCUUGCCCAGUUCGUUUUUAGCCUCAAUCGCGACUUUGCUCAAAGCCUGUAAAACCCAAUACCAUCUACAACAAGUUCAUGCGCAGAUUAUACAUAAGGGUUUAGAGCAAGACUGCUUCCUCAUAACCCAGUUCAUUUGCCUCUGCAACACUCUCUCUUCCCUCUCUUACUCCACCGCCAUCUUCGACAGCGUUCACAGUCCCAGUACCUUUCUCUGGAACACUUUGAUCAAAGGGUACUGCGAAAGGUCGAGUUUUGCCGAUACUGUUGGCCUCUUUGUUAGGAUGAAGAGAGAGGAGGGUGUUCCCGAUAGGUAUACGUACCCGUCUCUCGUUAAGGCCUGCGCGAGUGAGGCGAAGGUUUGGGAAGGCAGGGCAAUACAUGGGUCUGCUGUGAGGUGUGGGGUUGAUGGGGAUGUGUUUGUGAGCACCAGUUUGAUUGACUUGUAUGGAAAAUGUAGGGAGAUUUUGUGCGCUCGCAAGGUGUUUUAUGGAAUGUCUGAGAGAAAUGUAGUUUCUUGGACAGCUAUGGUUGUUGGGUAUGCCAGUGUUGGGGACUUGGACGAGGCCCGCAGGCUGUUUGAUCAGAUGCCGCAGAGAAAUGUGGUGUCGUGGAAUGUGAUAAUCAGUGGGUUUGUGAAAUUGGGUGAUUUGACAAAUGCUAGGAGGAUCUUUGAUCAGAUGCCUGAGAAGAAUGUGGUUUCUUUUACUACGAUGAUUGAUGGAUAUGCCAAGUACGGAGAUAUGGCGUCUGCAAGGUUUUUGUUUGACCAAGCCCCUAACAAAGAUAUUGUUGCGUGGUCGGCAUUGAUAUCUGGGUAUGCACAAAAUGGUCAACCCAACGAGGCUUUGAAGAUAUUUCUUGAAAUGAGUACGAGAAAUGUUAAGCCUGAUGAGUUUAUAAUGGUGAGCUUGAUGUCAGCUUGUUCCCAAGUGGGUUGCUUGCAAGUGGCCAAAUGGGUUGAUUCUUACCUGAGCCAGAGCUCAAUUGACGUUCGUCAGGAUCAUGUUCGUGCGGCUCUAAUUGACAUGAAUGCAAAGUGUGGUAAUAUGGAAAGAGCAACAACUUUGUUUGAAGCGAUGCCUAAACAGGACAUGAUUUCAUAUUGUUCUAUGAUACAAGGGUUGUCGGUUCAUGGUCGAGGGAAUCAAGCUGUUGCCCUCUUCAAUAAGAUGUUAAAUGAAGGUUUGGCUCCGGAUGAGGUUGCUUUUACAGUCAUCCUGACAGCCUGUAGCCGGGCAGGGCUCGUUGAGGAGGGUUGGCACUUCUUUGAAUCAAUGAGACGUAAGUACCAUUUGACACCCUCUCCUGAUCAUUAUGCAUGUAUGGUUGAUCUUCUUAGCCGGUUGGGACGGUUAAAUGCAGCUUAUGAUCUUCUAAAAUCAAUGCCUAUGGAGCCUCAUGCUGGUGCUUGGGGUGCACUACUUGGAGCCUGUAAGCUAAAUGGCAAUAUAGAGUUAGGAGAAUUGGUUGCUAAUCGACUUUUUGAGAUUGAACCCCUAAAUCCUGGUAAUUAUGUGCUAUUGUCCAACAUCUAUGCGGCAGCGGACUGCUGGUUUGAUGUUUCUGCUGUGAGGGACAAAAUGGAAGAGCAGGGAAUUAAAAAGAUAAGCGGUUGCUGUUGGAUUAGUUCAAAAGGCUGAGCUUCUUGCUAACUCUCUUGAUGCAAUGCAUGGAGUUUAUGCAGAUGACAGACAAUGUUCCCUGACGUCUACAUUAUGGAGUCGGAGUUUGAUUAACAAAUUUUAGUUGUGACUCCUAGCUUAUUGGUGCUUAAGGAACCAAGCUGUUGGCCCUGCCUUUGACGUCGCUCCUACAGACGCAAUUUCAUGUGUUUCAACAAUGCAUGAAGGCAUUCUGGUAGCUGAAAGUCUAACUUAUCACCUCAAGUAAGAGAAUGGCGACUUGAAUGUUGCUCUUUUGAAAUCCUCAUACUUGGAGAUGUGUAACCCAACGCUUAUAUAACAUGGACUUAUCACAUAGGGAUCCAAAUGUGCUUGAUCUUUGCAACUGAAAUCUGUCAAAUUAAACUCAUUCAAUCAAGCUUUUUCGUAGGUUCUUGCAGCAAACAGUUUUGGCUGCCCAACCAUGUACCUGAAUUUCUGUUCCUUGAUAGAAUAAAUUUAUCAAAUCUUGAAUAUGGGUGGGUGCCAUUUAUUCCAGACAGUUACAGUGAUUGCACAAGACUUGUAAGGAAGAUUAUAAAGUUGGAGAAUCAAAGGAGUACAGGUAUUUGUGGAAAUUGUCAAAAUUGAGUCAUUUUUCUGCCCUAAGGCAUUUGUUGCUGGGGUUGGGAUAGGUAUAAAGUCAAAAUUGUCAAAAUUGUCAACGGAAAAGAUAAAAGUAUUCCUGAAGUGUAAAUGUUCCUUUGGCCUGCUUCAAGAAAUUUUUCCUGCCCAGCAGAACACAA